AUGGUCGGUCUCGGUGAGUCCGUCGCCAGAAUCCCUCGAGCCCGUUUGUCCAGUUCGUCCGGUUCGUCCAGUUCGUCGGACGUGGGUGCUGGGUGGAGGGAGUCCAGGUCCAGCCCGGAUGAUCAUGAUAGCCCCUCCUGGACUGCCCCUCCCACUCUGGGGGACCUUGUUUACAUGCUGAUGGUCCAUGGCGGAUCUCUGUCGCAUCAAACCAGCAUGCUGGCGGGGCCCACGAUCCCACCAACACACAACAACGGACCUUUGUUCGAGGGCGAUGCAGUUCGAGGGGAAUUCCCUCUGCUGAUUGGAGGAGAGGCCCUGGCAAAGACCACCGGCCGUCAGUGGAGGAGACGCUGCGACAAAAAGAUGCAGACGCAGGCAGAGGAGGGGUUCUGGGAGAAGGAGGGGGAGAAAUAA